AAAAAAAAAAGAAAAGAAAAGAAAAACAAUUGUAUGUCAAUGAAUUAGGAUUUUUUUUUUGGUGGGAACUGAAUGCCUUUUAAGAUCAAGAACUACUCAAAAUCUCAAAUUUUGCUAAAAUUCCAAAAACUAGGUUCGAUAUUUCAACCAUCAUACCUUUUAACCCCAAUCUUCAUGAUACUUCAAUCCAGAUUUUCCAUGCAAUUUAUUAAACCCUUUUCACGCCAAUUAAGCAGCUUCACUUCGAUCACCAAAUCGCAAGAAUCACCCAGAAAUUCAACCUCAAUCGACGCCAUUAAAGAGCUUCAUGGCCAUUUGAUCAGAACCCAAAAACACAAAGACCCAGAUUCAAUUUCUCUAGUUUUGCGCUCAUAUUCUCUCUCCUCAACCACAUUACACAAAGCCCAGAUUGUAUUUGAUCAAAUUCAAAGACCCCCAUUGUUAAUAUGGAAUCAUUUGAUAAAGGGAUUAUCCAAAAGUGAUGAUCCAAUUAAAGCAAUUUAUAUGUAUAAUGAUAUGAGAAACUAUGGGUUAACUGGGAAUAAUUUGACUUUUAUAUUUGUUCUUAAGGCAUGUGGUCGUGUUUCAGAUGUUUUGCAGGGUAAAAAGAUUCAUGUUCAUGGAUUAAAACUUGGGUAUGAAUCAUAUUUGUUUGUGUCAAAUGCUUUGAUACAUAUGUAUGGAUCAUGUGGGGAAAUGGUUUUUGCACAGAAGGUGUUUGAUGAAAUGACUGAGAGAGAUUUGGUCACUUGGAACUCUUUGAUUUGUGGGUAUAGUCAAUGCAAUAAGUAUACAGAAGUUCUGGGUGUUUUCGAUUCGAUGCAGGUGGCGAAUGUGAGGGCGGAUGCUGUGACAAUGGUGAAAGUUAUCAUGGCCUGUAAUGUGUUGAGUGAGUGGAAUAUUGUUGAUUCAAUGGUGGAUUACAUUGAGAGAAGUGGUGUUGAUAUAGAUGUUUAUUUGGGGAAUACUUUGAUUGAUAUGUAUGGAAAGCGUCGGAUGAUGGACUCAGCCCAGGGGGUGUUUGAUUGGAUGAGUGAUAGAAAUAGCGUCUCUUGGAAUUCUUUGAUGAUAGGUUAUGCAAAAAUCGGAAAUUUGGUUGUGGCAAGGAAGCUCUUCCAUGAAAUGCCAAAGAGGGAUGUGGUUUCUUGGACAUCAAUGAUUACAGGGUAUUCACAAGCAGGCAAAUUUUCUGAUGCUGUGAAACUUUUUCAGGAAAUGAUGUUGAAUAAGGUUAAACCAGACGAAAUUACAAUAUCGAGUGUGCUUUCUGCUUGUGCUCAUCUAGGAAUGCAUGACAUGGGCAAGGAAAUUCAUGAAUUCAUAAUUGAGCAUAAUAUCAGAGUAGACAUGUAUGUUGGUAACUCUUUAAUUGAUUUGUACUGCAAAUGUGGGGAUGUUAUGAUGGCAUUACAAGUUUUUCAAGGUAUGAGUGAUAAAGACUCUGUCUCAUGGACUGCACUUAUAGCAGGACUUGCUGUAAAUGGUUUUGCUGAUUCUGCUGUUCAGCUAUUUGAGGAAAUGUUAUGCAAAAACGUAAGGCCAACUAAUGGAACCUUUGUCGGCUUAUUGCUAGCUUGCUCGCAUGCUGGAUUGGUAGACAAGGGGAUGGAAUUUUUCGAUAGUAUGUAUAGAAUCUAUGGAAUUAUCCCACAAAUGAAACAUUAUGGUUGUGUUGUUGAUCUCUUGAGUCGUUCUGGUGAAUUAGAGAGAGCAUAUAACUUGAUACUCAAGAUGACAACACCUCCUGAUGCAGUAUUAUGGAGAAUCUUGUUGAGUGCCUGCAAGCUACAUAAAAAUGUUGCCUUAGCUGAGAUUGUUUCAAGUAAGCUUCUUGAAUCAGAUGCUAGUAAUAGUGGAAACUAUGUACUUUUAUCGGAUGCUUAUGCAGGCGCAGAAAGAUGGGAUGCUGCUAUGAAGUACAGAGAUUUGAUGGAGGAAAACCGCGUGCAAAAGCCAUCAGCCUGGAGUUCUGUUGAAGCAACUAGGUAAAAUUCACGGUGUUUAUGCCCCUUUGUCCACGAGAAAUUUUGUUGUCAUAGCCUUCAGUUUGGGCAUACGGUUGCUUCUGCAGCACAUUCAAAUUAGCAUUGGGUUAAAGCCAACAGCCUGAAGCAGUAUAAAAUAAGUUUGAGCUUUUGGUGCUUAGAGCCUGCCGUGUGCCUGUGUCCUUCCAAGGAGAAAUUCAAGUGUGUUAGCCUUCAGCUUGGGCUUGGCGUUGAGCUCUAUAGCGCGUUUAACUGUCUUAAUGAUCAUUACAAAUAUUGUGCAGAAGCCAUCAUGUGAAGUUCCAAAGGCGUAGGUAGCGAGUUCGUGGUGCCUAGCCAUCUGAGCCCAAAGCCAAUGCCAUGAGCCCAAAGCCGAUGCCAUUUAGGGUUUCGUAGCACAUAUGCUGUAGGCUUUGGGCUCAUGUGUGAUGGUCGCUUCCCGGGCCAAACAUUUUGUUCACCACCCGGAAGGCCAGGAGUACUUGUAGGCUUUGGGCUCAUGUGUGAUGUUCGCUUCCUGGGCCAAACAUUUCGUGUAUCACCCAGGAGGCCAAAAGUACUCACAUAGUCACAUGACUCACAUCAAUGCUCCAGCCCAGUGAUACGUAUGAGUCAGCCUGUGGUCACCAGACUCAUCAUGCACUGGUGGAAGCGUCAUUCUAGGUACUCUCAGGUGCAUGUAAUAAUUUGUGUCGGUGCUACUUCCCGAAUUUAGGAGCUGAUGGCCUGAUGCUCAAUAUAUGUAAAGAGAUGUUACACUUGUGGGAGAAGGGAGGUGAUUUUCAUUCAAUUUUGGUGGGUCAGAGAACAAGACUAGUCUUGCUUGCCUUCUUGGAGGUGACUGUACAAGGAUAAGGUCCCUGAAAUUUUGAAAGUUAGUUACAAAAAUUUUGAACUAAAUGAAAAAAACAAAGACACAGUGUGGAAAUCGUAGCUUAGCAAAUUGCUUUCAUGCAUUGGAUGAUUUUUGCAUUCAAACAAAAUCGACAAAGUCAGCAGGAAUUAGAGCCUCAGGAUAAGCAACAAUUUUGGAAAUCGAUAUUAUCAAAGCAAAAAUUUAUGUUUCGUAAAAAAUGGAACAUGAUAUUUAUGACCUAGGUACUACACCAACAGAAAACAUGGUUAUCCAGUAAAUUCGAGUCACCCUGUAACCGAUUUGAUUACCCAAUGUGAAUUGCCAAAUCAAAUUUACACGAUCCAACACCCAACUGAGUUUUUUUUUUUUUUUUUUUUUUUUUUUAAUAUUUUUUGCUCACUAAACUGGUUCAAUAACGAAGUGAAUGAGAUGUUAGUGGGGUUAGUAGAUCAUUGUAGUAGGGUUAAUAGUAUAUUAAUUAGUCUCGUGUGCAUAACAUAAAGGUUUUCUAUCAUGUUAAAAAGGGUUUCUCUCCUCCGUGUGAGUUUGGUAACUUGGUGAGGGAUAUCCUUAGGCUUGCUCGUGGCUGUUAGAGAUAGGGGUGUUCGCGGUGCGGUUUGGAUCAUAAACCGCAUCAAACCGCACCAAACCACACUUUUAAAAAAACGGA